GUUGGGAGAGUUAGUUGCAGUGAGUGAUGAUCAGUGAUCCAGAAGCCACUGCACAAUGAGCGUCUCUGCACUCAGCCUCUUUAGAUUCCCAGGCAGCGUCUCUGGGCUCCUCCAAGUGGCCUCCCUACUCGGCCUGUUUCUGCUGCUGUUCAAGGCAGCCCAGUUCUACCUGCACAGACAAUGGCUGUUCAAAGUUCUCCAGCAGUUCCCGUGUCCACCCCCACACUGGUUCUUCGGGCACAAACAGCAGUUCCCAAGGGAUCAGGAGCUACAACAGACGCUGAAAUGGGCACAAGAAUUCCCAAGCGCCUUUCCUCGUUGGUUGAGCGGUAGCAAUGCUCACCUUGUAAUAUAUGACCCUGACUACAUGAAGGUGAUUCUGGGGAGAUCAGACCCCAAAUCUCAUGGUACCUAUAGAAUGCUGUCUCCCUGGAUUGGCUAUGGUUUGCUCCUCUUGAAUGGGCCGAAAUGGUUCCAGCACCGGCGGAUGUUGACCCCAGCCUUCCACUAUGACAUCCUGAAGCCCUAUGUGGCUGUCAUGGCCAACUCUGUCCAAGUGAUGCUGGACAAAUGGGAGCAGCUCAGCACUGAAGACUCCCCGUUGGAAAUCUUUCAAUAUGUCUCCUUAAUGACCCUGGACACCAUCAUGAAGUGUGCCUUCAGCCACCAGGGUAGUGUCCAGUUGGACAGGAAUUCCCAGUCCUAUAUCCAGGCUGUUGAUGACCUGACCAAACUGAUGUCUUCCCGUAUGAAGAAUGUUUUUCACCAGAACGACACCAUCUACAGGCUAACCCCUGAGGGCCGAAGGGCCAAACGCAACUGCCAAAUAGCUCAUGAGCACACAGACCGAGUGAUCAAGCAGAGGAAGGCUCAGCUGCAGGAGGAGGGAGAACUAGAAAAGGUCAGGAGGAAGAGACACUUGGAUUUCCUGGACAUCCUUCUUUUUGCCAAGAACGAGGAUAGGAGCAGACUAUCUGAUGAGGACCUGCGCGCUGAGGUGGACACGUUCAUGUUCGAGGGCCAUGACACCACAGCCAAUGGCAUCUCCUGGAUUCUCUAUGCUCUAGCUGCACACCCCAAGCACCAACAGAAGUGCAGGGAAGAGGUCCAGAGCCUACUUGGGGAUGGGUCCUCUAUCACUUGGGACCACCUGGAUCAGAUGCCCUACACCACCAUGUGCAUCAAGGAGGCCAUGAGGAUCUACCCACCAGUGUUCAAUGUGGGCAGAGAGCUCAGCAAACCUGUCACCUUCCCUGAUGGGCGCUCCUUACCCAAAGGUGUAAUAAUCACGAUCUCCAUCUAUGCUCUUCACCACAACCCAAAAGUGUGGCCAAACCCUGAGGUGUUUGACCCUUCCCGAUUUGCACCCGAUUCUGCCCAACAUUCUGCCCGACAUAGCCACUCAUACCUGCCCUUCUCAGGAGGAUCAAGGAACUGCAUUGGAAAACAGUUUGCCAUGAAUGAAAUGAAGGUUGCCGUGGCCCUGACUCUGCUCCGCUUUGAGCUGUUGCCAGAUCCCACCAGGAUCCCCCUCCCUGUGCCACAAGCUUUACUGAAGUCCAAGAAUGGGAUCCACCUCCAGCUCAGGAAGCUCUCCUAACCUGGGUGGAGCCAAGGACAGCUCUGUGGGCCUGCUGCCUGUCACCUUGUCUUCCUGUCACCUGUGUGCAUCCCCAGACCAUCUCCCCCUG